GGUCGGGACCCGGGGCCUGUCGCAGCCUGGGGCCAGCCCCGCAGCGCGGCCAGGCCUAGGGGGGUCGGGACCCGGGGCCUGUCGCAGCCUGGGGCCAGCCCCGCAGCGCGGCCAGGCCUAGGGGGGUCGGGACCCGGGGCCUGUCGCAGCCUGGGGCCAGCCCCGCAGCGCGGCCAGGCCUAGGGGCGCCGGGACCCGGGGCCUGUCGCAGCCUGGGGCCGUCCCCGCAGCGCGGCCAGGCCUAGGGGGGUCGGGAUCCGGGGCCUGUCGCAGCCUGGGGCCGCCCCCGGUGGCCUAGGGGCGCCGGGACCCUGGGGCUGGGGGGCCCCCACAAGGCCGUGCUCAGUGAGCUGGCUGAGCGUCUGCUGCCCCAUCCAUGCCCCUAUGUCCAGCUGUCCGUCCCUCCCUGCACCUCUUGUGACGAAGUGGGACUGUUCUUAAUGUUUCCUCUGAAUAGUGUGGGGGUGCCUCAGUUUCCCCUAGGCAGUUCUUAAGUAUCUAGGGGGUGGGGUAAGGGUCUAUGAUCAUUGCAGAGCCCUAGAGGGCAGGUGUGUGCAGGAGUCUGGACACAGAGAAUGGCCGACACCCUGUUUCCUGGCACCUGAUGGCCUGGGCCCUUCCCCCCUGCAAGGUGAGAGCUGAAGGGUUGGAGAACAAAGGAAUCAGGUGACCACCUGGCCCGGGAAAGGAACAAAGCCCAGAGGAGGAGGGGCUGGAGGGGGUUUUCAGUUUGGGGCUGGCUGGGACAUGGAGUGAAGGGCAGACGGGGUUGUCUGGCUCACUGCCCCCCAAAAUGGACCCAGCUGAGAGGUCCCGUUCUCUGCACCUGCAAGCUCUGUUUUACACCAUGUUCCUGUCGUCUAAUAAACCUUCUGUUUUACUGGCUGGCUGAGAGUCCCGUCUGACUGCGAAGUUGGGGGGCAGGACCCUCUGGCUUCCCCAGGAGCCCCGCCUGAGCGGACUCGCUGUGGGAAGCGCACGGAGGGGCAGAGGAGGCUGAAUGCUCCGAGGUCAGACCCAGGAAGGUGGAAGCCAGGUGAGCUGUGUGUCCUGAAGACAGGCUGCUCACAGAAAGGCGACUGCCCCAGAGUCCUGACUGGCUUCAUGGGGAGCAGUUCCAGAGCAUCGCCCAGGGACUCCGUGACAACUGGUGGCAACGGUGGGAUGUACUGCACCCCGUGGAUGGUGCUUCCUGCAGUAAGUGACUGGGGAGCAGUAACACGAAGGGGGAUUGCCGAGGACCAGGCCUGCUGAAGGCUCAGAGAAGAGCGGUUUCGGGGGGCGGUUAACCCCUGGGAGUGUGUGACCAGCGAGAAGGACUGUGCAGUAACAGGGUUCCCCUGGGGAUUGCAGCGAGCAGUCCAAGGGGCGGAGGAGUCUGCAGCUCGACCCUGGCAAAGAGGGGGUGACCUCGAGAAGGGCUGGCACACUAGGGGUUCUCCCUGGAAACCGUGGGGAGCUGAGAACACACGGGCCUGUGAGUCCACAACAACUUGGGAGGAGCGGAGUGAUGGCCUGUCACCGUCUCCUUAAGAAGGACAUUGUAACCCUGUGCAGAAAGAGAGGGUUGAGCGUUGGAAAGUUCACCAAAGCAGAGUUAAUCGUGCAGCUGGAGGAGGAUGACCGCUCUAAGGAACAGAUUCCUGACCCCAACUGGGGCUAUAUCAGGAUCUGGGAGCAGCUGGAGCGGGAGCCAGGCAUCGCCAAGACUCCUGUCCCCGACCAGACGAGGGUCUUCACGAUCGGGUUCCCCAUCGGGGGAUCGAGACGGACGGGAUUGGAGCUGAGUCCGAGAGAGCAAGAGGACCGUGGGAGACAGCGAGAGCCCGAGAAAGAGCUGCAGAAGCAGCAGCAGCAUGAACUGGCGGUGGUGGGGCGGAGAGGCCUAGGGGACCUCCCCGGGGUGGCUGAUGGGAUCCAGAUGUGGGCCUGGCUUGUGUGUGCGCAUCCGGCAUCCAGCUCCCAGGGAGUGAAUCCACCCAGCCAGACCCACAGCGCUGCCCGCCCUGUCCUGUCCUGCUCCCAGCCUGCGGGAACACCUGAAUCCCCCCGAAGCCCCGCCAUGCUGCGCGCUCUGCUGCUGGCCGCCCUGCUGGGCCUGGCGCGGGCGCGGCCCUUCGAGCAGCCGGCCUUCUGGGACUUCGCCAUGGACGAGGGGGCCGCGCAGCGGGACGAGGAGGAGGCCUCGGGCGUCUUCCCCACCUCGGGGGCCCCCGACUUCGAGGACGUCGUCCCUGCCUACGGGGGCCUGUGCCCCUUCGGCUGCCGCUGCCACCUGCGGGUGGUGCAGUGCUCCGACCUGGGCCUGAGCUCGGUGCCCAAGGACAUCGCCCCCGACACGAGGCUGCUGGAUCUGCAGAACAACCGGCUCACGGAGCUGCGGCUCGGCGACUUCGAGGGGCUGCAGGAACUCUACGCCCUGGUGCUGGUGAACAACAAGAUCUCGCGGGUGCACGAAAAGGCCUUCAGCCCCCUGCACCGGCUGCAGAAGCUCUACAUCUCCAAGAACCAGCUGGCCGAGAUCCCGCCCAACCUGCCGCCCUCCCUGGUCGAGCUGCGCAUCCACGACAACAAGAUCCGCAAGGUGCCCAAGGACGUCUUCAAGGGGCUCAACAACAUGAACUGCAUCGAGAUGGGGGGCAACCCCUUGGAGAACAGCGGAUUCGAACCCGGCGCCUUCGACGGCCUGAAGCUGAAUUACCUGCGCAUCUCAGAGGCCAAGCUGACGGGGAUCCCCAAAGACCUGCCCGAGACCCUGAACGAGCUGCAUCUGGACCACAACAAAAUCCAGGCCAUUGAGCAGGAAGACCUGAUCCGCUACGGGAAGCUGGCCAGGCUGGGCCUGGGGCACAAUGCCAUGCGGAUGAUCGAGAAUAGGAGCCUGACCUUCGUCCCGGCGCUCCGGGAGCUGCACCUUGACCACAACCGGCUCUCCCGCGUGCCCCCCGGGCUGCCCGGCCUCCGCUUCCUGCAGGUGGUAUACCUGCACGCCAAUGACAUCACGCAGGUGGGGGUGAACGAUUUCUGCCCCGUGGGGUUCGGGGUGAAGCGAGCCUAUUACAGUGGAAUCAGCCUCUUCGGGAACCCGGUCCCCUACUGGGAGGUGCAGCCGGCCACCUUCCGCUGCGUCACCGGCCGCCUGGCCCUCCAGUUCGGCAACUACAAGAAAUAAGGGGGCUGGGGAGGGGGACAGGGUG